CAGAUGUAAAGCAAUUUUUUGCCGCGCAUUUUUGAGACGUUUGAUAGCGUGUAAAAAUGGCAAUUAAAGUUUUAAUUUUAGUCACACUGAUUUGUGCUGCGACUUGUUUGCCACUUGGUGGUGAUGGGAACGAUCUAGUGAACAGCGGUCAAAGGCUGUGGAAAAGAUUCAUCAACCCGUCUGUGAUUUUCGGAAAUUUUGCCGACAAUGGAAUCAACAAAAUUAGGACCAAGAGAAGCUCUGAGGACGAAUGCGAGAAGCUGCAACUGUGCAAGCUUCACGCGCGCUCUCGCUACAGCUUCUUUGCAGCUUACGAGCUGUAUUUCGUCAACAAAGAGAACGCGAGGCUGUGGGACCACCAGACGCACUCGGCCGCGGACUGCGAGAGGAGGUUCGGGGGCUGCUAUAAAUAA